GUACAUCAACCAUUUUCAGCAUGUUUCGAAACCAGUAUGACAAUGAUGUUACUGUGUGGAGCCCACAGGGCCGUAUUCAUCAGAUUGAGUAUGCCAUGGAGGCUGUCAAGCAGGGCUCAGCAGCUGUAGGAAUCAAGUCAAAAACACAUGCAAUACUUGUAGCUUUAAAGCGAGCAUCUUCAGAACUGUCUGCACAUCAAAAGAAAAUCCUACCUAUAGAUGAACAUAUAGGGAUCUCCAUAGCUGGGCUGACAUCAGAUGCCAGAACAUUGAGCAAGUUUAUGAGGAACGAGUGCAUGAACUCAAGAUAUGCCUACGAGACUGCUCUUCCUGUCUCCAGACUUGUCGCAAUGAUCGGCAACAAAUCUCAAGUGCCCACACAAAGGUAUGGAAGAAGACCAUUUGGUGUAGGCCUUCUAAUAGCAGGAUAUGAUGAACAAGGUCCUCACAUCUACCAGACCUGUCCAUCAGCCAACUAUUUUGACUGUAAAUGUAUGGCAAUAGGAGCCCGAUCACAAUCUGCAAGGACAUACUUAGAAAAACAUUUAACUUCUUUCCCUGAUUGUGACCUUGAGACCCUCAUAAAACAUGGGCUGAGAGCACUCAGAGACACAUUGCCAACAGAAGUAGAUUUAAAUACAAAGAAUUGCUCACUGGGAAUUGUUGGUAAAGAUCAGCCAUUUACAAUUUAUGAUGAUGAUGCAGUGAAGGACUACCUUGCACUUAUUGAAGGGGAAGACAGAGGCAAAGGGGCCGCAGCACCAGCUGCAGGAGUGCAGGCAAUGGAUGCAGAUGAGCCCCCAGCAGCUCAGGACCCACAGCCAGCUGAACCUCAGAACGUGAUAUGUGAUAGGCCCCAGAGUGAUGGCACUCAGAAGACUGCAUAUGAUAUCAAAUGA